GCGAAGAAGGUGAUGGAAGAUGGCCCCACCACUGCAGGCCUGGCCACCCAACCUUGGCUUAGGGGCUGCCCUCAGAGGCGGGGGGUAGGCCUCCGUUUUGUGUGGGUGGCAUAUGCAUGUUCCUGGAUCAGAACAAAUGGGAUACAGAGGAACCAAGGAGAGGAUGCAUUGCUCUCGCAGAAAGCCGAGAACGGAAGCAUCACUGAUGGAGUCUGAGAAAAUCCAGGGGAGAGACCCUUUUCUGCUGACAACCCACAGAGCACAUGAAGCCUCUAACCCUGCCCCAGCCAGAAGGCACCAUGAUGUCACAGAGACGAUCAUCAUGAGUCAUGUUCCUGGAAGUGAGGAGGUGGAAGAGAAGGAAGAUUUGUCUCUCCCUCAUGAUCUAGCACUUCUCUUUGUUAUGAAAGAACAUAUAUGGGACCAAUCUUCUAACUCCAUGGAGAAGGAUACCUCCGAGGAACGGGAAAGAGGGUGGAGGGAUCUGGAGAACUGGGCAGAACUUUCGGAGGGGAAAAGGAACCCCAGCAGAGGACAACCCAGUUUGAAGGAGAGCGGGGGCUCCUCCUCAAAUUCCCCUGAUGGGGAAUUUACAGCUCGUUCUUCAAGCAGUCCCCGGUCUUCCCUUUUAGAUGCAACCAGCCCUGCUCUUACCUCUCCCAGGAGGGCUGGUGUGGGGCAGAUGGAGAGCCAAGUCCUUGAUGCUAGGUUUUGCCAAACUCUGAGUCCUUAUGACACACUCUCUCAGACGUGGCGUGAGGAACCAGCAAUAACAGACACUCUUCUUGCUCAAGAAGGAUCUGUCAGUGAAUCUCCCUUGGUGAUUCAUAAUAUUUCAAAUUGCCACAAAAAUGCUGAUUUUCCCAAAACCAGUUCCAAUGAAGAUCACUCAUGGGAACUAGAGACACAGCAUGAGGAGAACAGAAACCUUUCUAAAGGAAUGGACAUUGUGAUGAGUCCCAAUGAAAUUUCCUUGGAAAGAGAAGACGCAAGUAAAAGAUUGGGCAAUCCUUCAGAAGAAGAGGAGUUAAAUUUAGAUGUGGCACAAAGAAAGACAGACAGCAUUUCAUGCCAUCUAUCUUCUAAGGCAGUGGAGAAUCAUUCAGACAUUGAAGACGGAGUAGGAAAUUUGGAGCAAAAUGCGUUCAACUGCCCUGUUCUUCAUCUCCAGGAAGAGGAAGAGAGUGAAAUGCGAAUAAGCAGCCCUCUUUCAGUAAAGGAAAAUGUCCAAACCCAUCACAGUAAGAGCAAUAUGAAUUGUGAUGAAUCAGAAUCGGUCCAAAAAGAGCGAUCAGCAGCAGCGGAGCCAGAAUUUGCAGAGAUGGAGGCACUGGAGUUGGCAGACAGCGAGGAGGAAGGAGAGGAGGACUUGAAUUGGAAAGAAGUGAAGAGCCAAAGGAAAACAAAUCUGGGGGAAGUAGAAUUGGGACAUGACGACCAUGAAGAGCAAGGGUGGGCUAUGCAAGCAACAACAGCCUCCAGAAUGGAGAGGGCCCCCACGCCUAUUGUAUUGGAUCGAGACACACUUGAUUCUUCGGAAAACGGUUUGGCUCUUUCUGGUGUGAACAAUAAUAGUUCUGUGGUUGGUUCUGAAGAAUCUGCCUUCUCUUGCAAGGAGGUCUCCUCGGCAGGUCGCUCUCCAAAAUCAGUCUGUGCAUUGCCUGAAUCCUGUGUCCAAACAACAGCUAUCCCAUUAGCUGGAAUGGCCCCUGCAGGUAGUGGGAGCCCAAGGACGCGGCCUCCCGUAUAUCACAGCUCUAGACAAUUGGAACACUCUGGCACCUAUGACAAAGCGAACACAAUUUUCUGUUGUGAUCAGGAUGGUGCGCAGCUCACUGUGGGUGUCGGAAAAGAUGAUACUGAAAAAGAGGAUAGUAAAAAUAGUGGAACAGAGGAAAGUGUAAGGAGUGCUGAUUAUGAACAAAUAACACAAUUGUUUACAGAUUUAGCAUUAGCCAUUGACCCCCAAAAUCUUUAUGAUUCUCAACCUACGGGCCAUUCUUUUGAUGCUGAAAAGAGUCCUGUCCCAUCGCUGAGGGCCAUAGCAGCAGCCGUACUACAGGAAGAUGCUAGCAAGGAAGCGACAGGUGGGACUGUCACUUGUGCAGGAAACAAGUCGGUUUUACAUCUCUCCAGUCAACUGGGCAGAGCGAUAUGUGAAGACGCUUCAGCAUUGGACAGUGAUGGAGAUGAUCAUCUGCCCACUUUUGGUAAGGACUUCCCUGAAGACGCUCAGAGUUCUACCUCCAAAGUCCCCCCCAGCCCAUCUCUAGAAGAAGGUCUGUCCAAUAUAGCCAAAGAGAUGGUAAAGUUAAGUCUUUAUCCAUCUGUUACUACAAGAGAUUCAGUGCAAGACACUACUGAAAGUUAUGUGGAGAAUUUCCCUCAACAACUUAAACCAACCAGUAAGAAUGCCGUGUUAUCAGAGAAGGAAGCAGCAGCAGAUACAUUUUGCACGGAACAAGAUAUCUUAACCAGUGAGUCACCAUGUUUUUCAGUUCUUGAAGAAGACAGAACUGAAUGUGACUGUAAUGCUGACAGCCUUCCGUCUUCCCGGACUCUUUCUGCGGUGGCUGCUGAUGCAGCUCAGCUAACGCAGCCUUUGGCCCCAGUUCUAGUAGGUGACUCUGAGCAGACUUUGGUUCUUGAAUUGGCUUCACUUUCCUCCUCUAGGAAGCCUCUUCAGUUUGUCAGCCGCCCACCUCCGGCAACUUUUGAUGCCCAGCCAAUUCCCCCAGGCCUCCUUCCCAGGCCUCCUGACCAGCUCCUAGAACAGCUGUCCUGUCCCAGCCGGGCCGAUCCAUCCUUAGCCCCCAGAACUCCUGCCACCCAGGCUGUUUUGGAGCAUUCAGCCGUAACCCCUGAAGCCAGAUCGCCUGAGCAGCCCCCCACCUCUGGAAGUGACUUGGGUCUGUGCUGCCGGGCUCCACGCUCCGUACACGGCUCUAAAGAGUCGCACGAUGCCAGUUCUCCCACUGCUUCCAAGCGAGCUGUGUUUCCUUCGCGCAUUGGCAGUGCAGCCUUCCAGCGGACUGACUCCAGACACAUCGCACAGUCUACAGCUGCUGGACUUGGCAACAGCCUUCUGACGCAACUUCCACUCGUUUCUCUUAGCGGGGGCUCUCACAGUCCCCAACCAGAUUCCAGGUCCAGGAAGCAUCUAACCGCUGGGGGCAAUCCCUUUGCACAGCGUGGAGCCGAGGCUUCAGAAAGCAGCCUGCUUGUUUCCUGUACAGGAAGUGAUGAACACACACAUACUAGUCUAACGGUUGACAAUCUUGUCUACUGGACCUCAGCCUCUGAUAAAACAUGCCCUGAGUUGGGUUUUUAUUUGUCGGACUUGCAAGGUGACCUUUUAGGAAAUGGCGCAACAGUGGCAGAUUCCUUCAGUUGUGUUCCUGAAACGGUGUCCAAGUGUGCAGAUGUUCAUGAUGGAAGGUCUUCUCACCGCAUCUCCCAUCCUUCAGGAGAUUGUGAGAAACCGUGUGAAACUAGAGACUCCAGAAAUGUAAAGCAGACACCUUCCCUUUUAGCUUUUACUAACCCAAUGCACUUUCUCCAGCUUGGACCGCCAUCGCCCCCAACUGCUCGACAUCCAGGGGUGCCUCGGGCUGACUUUCAGGAGCCACAGUGGCAGGAGCGACAGACCAGGCCUGCAGAGGACCCAGUAGCAUCUCCGUCCGAGGGCCCAGGGAGGGUCAAAAAAGCCUUGGGAAAAUCGGGGGGGGAGCCCGUUCUCCCGCUGGUUCACAGAAAAGACGUGGCAGGCAGACACCCCCGCCUGGAGAAGUCCUCCAGCUGUCCAGAUAAGAAUGCCAUGGGGUUGGAUGCAAAGGAACCCGUCUUCAGCACAAAGAAGCAGGAGGCAGGAAUCAAGCACCGAGCGAAAAGCAAAGACUGGCAUCGACACGGCGUGAGAAAGAUUUCUAUGCCGACUGAUGGAGCGAUGGAAGCAAUAGCAUCUCUUGCCCAUUCAAAAGAGGAAGCCCCUGGACACAAGGACAAAGCAGAUCACUUAGACUUGGUUAAAUACGGAGAGAAGAAAACAACAGAAACAAUAGAAAAUAUCAAACGACGACACUCCAGACUGAUCAAUUCAUCAAGAUUGCUCUACCAGGAAUACAGCGACGAUGUGCUGAACAAAGCUAUCCAGAGCCAAAAACGGGCCGAUUCCCUGUCCGAAGAGGUAGAGCUGGGUUCCCCAAAGCUGCGAAGAAAAGGGCUGUCCCCUCAGGACUCCUACCUGCAACGCCUGUCCGUCUCGUCAGGGUCCUCACUGUGGCAGGACAUCCCCAUGGUCCGAGGAAGCACCAUGCUGCUGAGCAUGACCCGUGAGGAGCAGAAGCUGCAGGAGGCCAAGUUUGAACUAAUUGCGUCCGAAGCCUCCUACUUGCGGAGCUUGAACGUAGCGGUGGACCACUUCCAGCACUGCCAGGAACUUCAGGGACUUUUAACCACUCAGGACAAACAGUGGCUUUUCUCCCGUCUUCAGGAUGUGCGCGACGUUAGCGCCAAUUUCCUCUUUGAACUGGAAGAGAAGCUUGAGGAGAACAUGUUCACCUUCAACGUCUGCGAUGUGGCACUCAGGAACGCACCAGAAUUCCGCAGGGUUUACUUGCCAUACGUGACGAACCAGACCUACCAGGAGCAGACCUUUCAGAGACUGAUGAAUGGGGUUCCUGCUUUCCAACAGGUCUUGGAGAAACUGGAAAGUGACCCCGUCUGCCAGCGCCUCUCCCUCAAGUCCUUCCUCAUUCUCCCGUUCCAGCGCAUCACGCGACUGAAGCUCCUUCUCCAGAACAUCCUGAAACGAAUUCCACCCAGGGCUGAUGAAGAAGUCCAAGCCACACAGGCGUAUGAUGCUCUUGAGAAGCUUAUCAAAGAUUGCAAUGAAAAUGUCCAGCGUAUGAAGAGCACUGAAGAAUUAAUUCACUUAAGUCAAAAUAUGGAGUUUGAAUGCAAGAUAUUCCCACUUAUCUCACAGUCACGACGGCUAGUGAAACAUGGGGAACUUACAGCUCUGGAGUAUAAUAUCAGCUUGAAGUGGAAACUUACCACCCGACCCAUCUACCUCCACCUCUUCAAUGAUUACCUGCUCCUAUCUCGACCCAAGGAGAACGGGCGCUUCAUUGUCUUUGAUUAUGCUGCCUCCUCGAACGUGCGUGGAGAAAAGUGUGAAAUGAAACUCCACGGCUCGAACAAAAAUCUCCUCCGUCUCUUCCUGCUGAAGAACAAUCAGGGGAAGAAAGUGGAGUUCCUCUUCCGCACAGAAACACAGAGCGAGAAACUGCGGUGGAUUUCCGCUCUUAGGCCACAACAGCCAGAACCUGACCUGUUGGACGAUUCUGAUGCCCCCCAGGUUCAGUGUGUGAAGUCCUACAAGGCGCGAGAGAACGACGAACUGACCCUGGAGAAAGCCGACAUCGUCAUGGUCUUGCGGCAAAGCAGUGAUGGCUGGAUCGAAGGAGUGAAGCUCUCAGAUGCAGAGAGAGGCUGGUUCCCUUCUGAUCAAGUGGAGUUCAUCUCCAGCAAGCACGCCCGGCAGAUGAACCUGAAGGAGGAGCAGCGGGUCAAAAAUGCCAAACAGCAGGUCUUUCGCAAGAAAUAAGGCCUGCUGUCCAGGAGAAGGGCUCCACUUCCUCUCCAACCCAGGGGGACAUUCCCCGGAUCUGGCGAGGGGCUAAACUGCCGCGUUAAUCUUGGGGUUGAAGAGGCAAAUCCCAGACUGGCCUUGCUGGAAUAGGCUGCACCAGCCCAUCGCCCGGAUUAGAAAAGCUGCAGGAGAGAAGAGCCGCAUCAUUUUUCUUGGGAGGAUCGUAGAGAAGAAAGAGCUGAGAAACAACAGGGAGCGCGAUACUUGGCCUUCCGAGAAUCUGUUCUCCGCUCUUCCACGUUGAAAGGCACAGUCUGCUCACCAGGGAGUUAGCUUCAGCUCUGCAAAAUAAGUCUUCAGCCACCUCACAGAAAGACGUGAGGCUAAAAUGUUAAUAUUUCAAUGUGCUUUGAAUUGUAUAGCAGAACGCAGUAGAGAAAAAAAUAUACUUUGUGGUAUUACG